AUGCGUAUUGAUUAUCGACAGUUGAAUAAGGUUACAGUGAAGAACGUGUAUCCAUUGUCACGCAUUAAUGAUAUAUUUGAUCAGCUACAGGGUGACAGAGUGUUCUCAAAGAUUGGUUUGUGGUCGGGCUAUCAUCACUUGAAGAUUCGGGAUCCAGAUAUUCCUAAGACUACUUUUAAGACUCGGUAUGGGCAUUACGAGUUCCUUCUGAUGUCAUUCGGGCUGACCAGCGUCCCAACAACAUUUAUGCACUUUAUGAAUAGUGUAUUCCAGCCCUAUCUUAACUCAUUCAUCAUUGUGUAUAUUGACGACAUCUUAGUAUACUCCCGGAGUCGGGAGGAUCAUGAGCAACACCUGAAGAUUGUGCUACAGGCCUUGAGAGAAAAGAAGUUAUCCAGGUACCUCCUACUGCUCCAGGCACCAGUGAGACGAUCUCACUUUGGAGACUUCAAGCAUAGAUCUGAUCCACUCAGAUCCGAUAUAAUCCUCGUCCCACCAUACCCUUUGACAAAUUCGGGAUCACUAUUUCGUCUCAACCUCAUUGUCUCCGACAUCUCCUACUCUGACCCGAAAUCCAGACACGAACCCGUUCCCUCCUAA